AUGUCAUCAGAAGAGACUGGAUCAGAAGAGACUGGGUCAGAAGAAACUGGACCAGAAGAGAGCUGUUCUGAGGCAGAGGGCUCUGGCGAUGACGGUCUGGGUGAUCUUGAUACUAGACGUCUAGGUAGUUAUGAAGAGGGAGACUCAGAAGCAGAUGAACUCGAGGAAGAGGAAGAUAUCUUAGAGGAGGAAGAAUCAGAAGCAGAUGAGCUCGAAGAAGAGACCGGAGAAGAGCAUUCGAAUGAAGAAGAUUGCUCCCCAGAAGAGACCGGCGGGGAAGGGGAGGAGGACGACGAUGAAAGAUAUCAAAACGAGGAAGAGGCGCGUCCCUCAAUCAAAGCCGAAAGGAUUGCACAGAUUGCAGACCAAGAGAUCCUCAAUACAGAAUCCAGAUAUUGGGCCCCUGUGGAGCGGAACACAGGAGCAACGAUAAAACAAGAAAGCCGCCCUAGUGUAGCGAGAAGUUUACCAAGAAAAUCGGCAUCGAUAUCUGCCGAUGAGGAUAAUGACAUGCGCAUCGCGAGUGGAACUCAUAUCCAAGACGAAAGACAACCGAGCGACCGCAGUGAGGCGGAUUCCAAAGAUGAGCUUUGCAACGGGGUCAAAAGCGAAAGUAGAAUACAUGCACAAGAUGCCGCACGCUUGGGGAACGACAUCGAACGCUCUAAUGUUGUCAAAACGUAUUAUCCACGCACACCCAUUCCACCCCUCGAGUUUCAGGGUUCUGUCACACUCAGAUUUAGCAGUCCUCAGGAUUGGGAGCGACGAUGGCAUAGGGCACAGCGUCGCACAGGCAUACGCAUGGUCAUCUUCGAACCAAGCUUUGCUGUCACAGUGUAA